UGGACCAAGAUGACCGAUGGCAACCUUUCCACCUCUGCCAAUGGUGUAGCCUUGAUGGGUGUUCUGGAUGGUCGGCCAGGAAACCACCUUCAGAGCCCCCCGAGCUUGACCCUCAAGGCCCCCAGACCCCUCCCGCUGUCUGAACAUGGACCUGUGCCAUUGCCGGGUGCCGCUGCCGACAGGUGCAGCCUGGAGUCAGUGGACUCAGGCAUUCCGACCCUUGAGAUCGGCAACCCAGAGCCCGUGCCCUGCAGCGGGACCCAUGCAAGGAGGAAGCCAUCUGAGCCAGAGGCUGUCCCUGAGAGGGCUUCCCGGAGUGCCUGCCCCCUGCCGUCCUGUGGGCUGCCGGCCGCCACCGGCGCCGAGAGGGAUCAGGGCGUCCGCAAGUCCUCCACCUUCCCCAGGACCAGCUACGAUGCUGUGCGGCUGUGCAGCCCCAGCGCCAGGGCCCUGAGCCGCCACGACGGUGCCUCCAUCUGCAGCGUGUCCAGUCUUGGCACAGAGCUCUCUGCCACACUGUCCAUCAGCAGCGAAGACCUCCUAGACCUCGUCACCAGCAGCUCCAGUGCCAUUGUGGCCCUGGAGAAUGACGACGGCCCACCGUUCACCGACGUCACCCUGAGCUCCCUGUCUGGUGGCCCUGGCCAGCGGGACAGCGCAGAGAGGCCAGAAGAGGGCAGCAGGUCGGGACUUCUGGGGCCACUCAGCCACUUCUUGGCCAGGGGUGUGCUUGCUAGGAAACACUGCGCAAGAGGUGACAAGCACGGUGACUCGGGAUGGAAGUUGUUUGCAAAAGCACCGCUCCGGGAGAAUGCUCAGAAGGAGCCAAAGAAAACCCAAAAGGAAAAUGAAGACAAGGCUGGUCGACCCAGCAGGCCGCCCUCCCCCAGGCAGAACGUACGGAGAAGUCUAGCCUUUGAGCCCCUGUCCACCACUGCCCUCAUCCUGGAAGACCGGCCUGCAAAUCUCCCAGCAAAGCCCGCUGAAGAGGCGCAGAAACACAGGCAGCAGUACGAGGAGAUGGUGGCCCAGGCCAAGAAACGAGAACUUAGAGACGCCCAGCGGCGGAAGAAGCAGAUGGAGGAGAGGUGCCGAUUGGAGGAGAGCAUCGGGAAUGCAGUCCUUACCUGGAACAACGAGAUCCUGCCCAACUGGGAGACCAUGUGGAGCUCCAGGAAAGUCCGGGACCUGUGGUGGCAAGGCAUCCCGCCUAGCGUUCGCGGCAGAGUCUGGAGCUUGGCCAUUGGCAAUGAGCUGAACAUCACCCACGAGCUCUUCGACAUCUGCCUGGCCCGAGCCAAGGAGCGGUGGCGGUCCCUGGACACUGGAGGCCCUGAUGGGGAAAGUGAAGAUGCGGGCCUCCCAGCCGCUGACAGAGAAGCCAGCCUGGAGCUCAUUAAGCUGGACAUCUCCAGGACUUUCCCCAGCCUCUGCAUCUUCCAGCAGGGUGGCCCGUAUCACGACACGUUGCACAGUGUUCUGGGCGCCUAUACCUGUUAUCGGCCGGAUGUGGGCUAUGUGCAGGGCAUGUCCUUUAUCGCUGCAGUGCUGAUCUUGAACUUGGACACCGCAGACGCCUUCAUUGCCUUCUCUAACCUCCUGAACAAGCCCUGUCAGAUGGCGUUCUUCCGCGUGGACCACGGCCUUAUGCUGACUUACUUUGCUGCCUUUGAGGUGUUCUUUGAGGAGAACCUGCCCAAGCUAUUUGCUCACUUCAAGAGAAACAACUUAACUCCAGACAUCUACCUGAUCGAUUGGAUCUUCACCCUGUACAGCAGGUCGCUGCCGCUGGAUCUGGCAUGCCGCGUGUGGGACGUGUUCUGCCGCGACGGCGAGGAGUUCCUGUUCCGCACGGCACUCGGGCUGCUGCGGCUGCUGGAGGGCGCGCUGGCCGACAUGGACUUCAUCCACAUGGCGCAGCUGCUCACCAGGCUGCCUGAGCGCCUGCCGCCCGAAGAGCUCUUCAGCUCCAUCGCCGCUGUGCACAUGCAGAGCCGGAGCCGGAAGUGGGCGCAGGUCCUGACUGCCCUGCAGAAAGACAGCCGGGAGACUGAGAGGGGCAGCCCGGCACUGCGGCACUGA